GUCCGGGAACACGGUCCGAGCGCCUCGCGUUGUCCUUCAUUAAAAGAAACGUGCUCAAGUCAAAUCCAAGGUACAUUUCUGUGAGAAGUCUUGGACUAUGAAAAUGUGCCACGUGCUGUACCAAGCCUUAUCUGAUACCGUCACUGAUACCCAGUAACCGACUGCUAGUGUCCUCCGUCGCUAGUUUUCGUUUGGCAUCUCUUUAGUUUGAAAGAAUUGAGACUUCUUAUCAUCACUAUGGCUAGUAGCGACGUCGAUAGUUGCUGUGGUCUCCCUGACUGCGGUAUGCGUAGGAGCGAAGAGUCUUGUGAUUCGCAUGCAGCAGUUCCAACCCCAAGUAAAGCCGAAUCCCAGUCAGUCUGUGCUGACAGCUGUUGUGCUGACAGUUGCUGUGCUGAGCCGCCUCUUGAACCGAAAGUACCGCUAAACCAACCAGCCCAAGAGACCAACCAGCCAUGCUCCUGUUGUUCCGGUGACGACGAUAUUGAUGAUAAGCCGGCGACGGCGUCCAAAGCAGAGUCGAUUGCGCUGCAGACACUGUCUAUUCGAAGCAAAACUUCUGGUCGCGAGUCUUGUUGUGGUGCCCCUUGCUGCAAGAGUCCGGUCAGAAGAGGGAGACGCUCUAGAUUUUCAUGGAAGAAAAAAAGAGUAACCUGCUGCAGUGGAGUUGACGAACAGCGCGCCAAACAUACUACCGUCGCCGAUCCGUCACCUGAAGGUCAGGAUGGGCAGGAAAAGGUUCUAACCCUCAUGAUUACUGGGAUGGAUUGCCCAGCUUGUUCCCCCAGAGUCGAAAGAGCCUUGAAAAAUCUAGGAAUGGGGGACAUCAAGGUUGACUUUCUUGGUGCUCGUGCGAGCUGUACCUACAUCAGCGGCUCCACUGACCCAGAGACCAUUCGACACAAGGUGGAAAACGCUACCGGGUUUCUUUGUACCAUCGCAAGCUUGCGAAAUGGUCAGCGAACCCUUCGCGUUUCGUUUGCAAGAGCUGGUACGCCUACCUUAGAGACCCUUCAAAAUCUUCUCGGCUGUGAACAGGAGAUUAUGAAGCUCUCUAAAACCGACUUUCGCUUCACAAUUGAUUCUUCUGCACGCUACCCGACUGCGCGCGAAAUUCACGCUGCUCUGCUUGACAAGGGAUGGGUAGCCUCUCCUAUCAAUGAAGACGAUGAUGAGGCCGCUAUCGACGAAGCAGCCAGGCUGGAUUUUCGUCGCUCGAUCUCGCGCUUCGUCCUUUCUGCAGUCUUCACUAUCCCAGUCCUGGUUUUAGCGUGGUCUGAUGGUCGCGACAGCCAAUUCGCCCUCCGUGGUGGGAUUUCUCUUGGCCUUGCAUCGUUAAUUCAAAUAUUUUGUGCUGGACAUAUCAUCGUCGCCGCUGGGCGUGCGGUCAUCCUUGAUCAUCACUUGGACGCUGACGUGUUGAUUACUCUAUCUUCCCUCUCUGCGUUUCUGUAUUCCGUUGUCAGCUACGGAUACAACGUUGCCCACCAUCACGUCGAUCUCGAUAGCUUCUUCGAGACAAGCGCUCUGCUCAUCACGCUUAUCCUUCUUGGUCGUCUAAUUUCGAUCUACGCGCGGAACGCUGCUAGACGAAGUUCUAUCGGCCUUACGCCUCCACCUGUUGAGGUUGCCCAUUGGCUUGAUCCCAAAGCCGCUGAGGGCGUCCGAGAUAUUCACACGGCUUUACUAGAUAUCGGUGAUACCGUCGUCGUCCACGCCGGAGAAAUCGUUCCGAGCGAUGGUAUUGUCUCCGCUAACAUGUCAGAUAUCGACGAGUCGUUGAUUACUGGGGAGGCCGUUCCUAUAAUCAAAGGACCGGGAGCUCCAGUCCUUGCAGGAACCACAGUUCUUGGUCCGCAAUCAUUAUAUGUCCGCUUAUCGAAGACUGUACAAGACAAUUCCCUUGCAGAACUACGCCGCCUCACUACAGAGGCACGUUCGUCCCGAGCCCGUAUCCAGGACACAGCUGACCGGAUGGCACAACGGAUCAUCCCCGUUGUACUCGGUGUCUCUUCCAUCGCGUUCCUCGUGUGGGCCCUAGUCCUCAAGUAUGCAAGGCACGAGUCCUCAGGCAAAGCAGUCGCAGAUGGUCUCUCCUACGCCGUUGCAGUAUUAGCCUUGUCAUGUCCGUGUGCCCUCACAUUAUGUGUCCCUCUUGUCAUUCUCUAUGCACGGAUCGCGUCUCAAAAGCCGCCAUUUUCACUCCUCUUCAGAUCGUCUGCUGCCCUCCAACAUGCGCGUAUAGUAACACAUGUUAUUUUCGACAAGACGGGGACCUUGACGACGGGGAAGAUGAGAGUAGUCGAAGCGGUUUUCAACAAGGAUAAUAACGCAGGGAUUGCUGGAGGGCUGAUCAAGGCUCUGGUUGAGGGAUCGGAACAUCCAGUUUCCGCUGCUGUGGCCAGAUACUUGGCUGCAGAAAGUGCUUUAGUGGAGGAGCUUGACGAUGUAGAGACCGUUGUGGGGAAGGGUAUUCAAGCCAACUGGAAUGAUUCUAUUGUUCGUGGCGGAAGCGUUAGCUGGUGCGCAGUGCAAGAUGUUGAUGGCGUAGUCAAUAUGCUGGACGCUGGAAAGAGCGUUUUCGCUGUUACGAUUGACGAUGUAUUCCUCGCAGCGUUCGGAAUGGAGGAUGACCUCCGUCCUGAGAGCCCCGAGGUCGUGUCGUCUCUGGUGGCGAGAGGGAUAUUGGUGUCCAUCCUCAGCGGUGAUCACCAGAAGGCUGUUGACGGAGUAUGCCGCCAGCUCGGAGUCAAAGGUGUUCAGGCGAAGGGCAACUGCUUACCUGAAGACAAACGCGAUAUUGUGCGUAUGACUUCAUGGAGUGCAUCCUGUGCCCAGGACGACGUGGAGUUUGGGCACGAUGAUAGCAAUAACCGUGCGCGUACGCAGGAACGGUCACGACAAAAGAACAUCGUAGUCUUCGUGGGUGACGGGAGUAAUGAUACUGCAGCUCUCGCCCAAGCGGAUAUUGGUGUGUCCUUGGUGUCAGGCACGGCUAUAGCCAUUAAUUCGGCAGAUGUCGUUAUACUUUCCGGUGGCCUCAAGGGACUUCUCCAGACUAUCACGGUAUCGCGCAUGGCAUGGAGGCGUAUUCUGCUGAGCCUCGCCUGGGCGCUGUCGUACAACGUUCUGGCGGUGCUGUUUGGAUCUGGACUACUUGUCGAGGUCCGCAUAGAGCCGCAGUGGGCAGGACUGGGUGAACUUGCAUCCCUAAUGCCGGUGUUGUUGGUCGCUCAGUCGUGUCGUUUUUUCAAGUGAAGGCUGAGAGCAGGCGGCAU